AUGGCCACGCUAGGCCCCGCGCUGCGGCGCAUAUCACUUGCCUCUUCGCUAUCGAGAACAAGAGCUGUCUCCAGUCGAACGCAAUUUAUACCCUGGCAAACCCAGCAAUCUCUCGUUCCCUCCUGGUCAACACCAUACUUGCUCUCACAAACACGACAUAGUUCCUAUUCGGGGCCACCGAAGGAAAGCGGCAAGGCACGCAAAAAGGUCACCAUUCAAACGCUGCAGAACUUAUAUAAGAAAGGCGAGCCAAUUGCCAUGCUCACAGCGCACGACUUCCCCAGUGCGCAUGUUGCUGAUGCAUCGGGUAUGGAUAUGGUGUUGGUUGGGGAUAGUUUAGGAAUGGUCGCCCUCGGAUUGGACAAUACCACGGAGGUAGUGAUGGAAGAGAUGAUUUUACAUUGCCGGAGUGUAGUGCGGGGAGCAAAGAGCGCUUUCAUUGUCGGCGAUCUACCGAUGGGCUCGUAUGAAGUGUCCGCAGAACAGGCCAUUGAAUCAUCCUUGCGCCUAGUGAAAGAAGGCCGAGUUCACGGCGUUAAAAUUGAAGGCGGCGAAGAGCUUGCUCCUACAAUCAAACGCAUCACACAAGCCGGUGUACCGGUCGUAGGCCACAUCGGCCUAACACCACAGCGACAAAAUGCUCUCGGCGGCUUCCGGGUCCAAGGCAAAACAAAAGCCAGCGCCAUGAAACUUCUGCAGGACUCAAUAGCGAUGCAAGAAGCCGGCGCGUUCAUGCUUGUACUUGAAGCCAUGCCACCAGAGGUCGCAUCGAUCAUCACGCAGAAGCUGCGGAUUCCGACGAUCGGCAUUGGAGCUGGCAAUGGCUGCUCAGGUCAGGUUCUUGUGCAGGUUGACAUGACAGGCAACUUCCAGCCUGGUCGGUUUGUGCCCAAGUUUGUUAAGAAGUAUGCGGAUGUGUGGGGGGAGGCGGCGAAGGGCAUUUCGCUGUAUCGGGAUGAGGUUAAGAGUCGUGCAUUCCCGUCGGAGGAAUACACGUAUCCCAUCUCGAGGGAAGAAGUCGUUGAAUUUGAAAAGGCGGCCGAUGGAAUUUACCCGAAAUAA